CUGGAUGAUGCCUUUUCCAUCCUGGAUUUAUUCCUAGGCCGUUGGUUCCGGUCCCGGUAACCGUGUUAACUCUCAGAGGCCUUCAGGCAGGCAGUAUCUGCAGCAACAGCGUGUCUGUGCAGACGGAGGGAGCGGUGACCAGCGACAGGUGUCCUCACCAUGGCCCUGGCAAGAAUCAAGGGCCGGCUCCGGAUCCGAAACCUCCUGGCCCGACAGUGCCUGGCGGAGUUUCUGAGCGUGUUUGUGCUCAUGCUCCUCACCCAGGGGGCUGUGGCCCAGGCUGUCACCAGUGGAGAAGCCAAAGGCAACUUCUUCACCAUGUUUCUGGCUGGCGCUCUAGCCGUUACGGUGGCCAUCUACGUGGGUGGUAAUGUCUCAGGGGCCCACCUGAAUCCAGCCUUCUCCCUGUCCAUGUGCCUCCUGGGACGCCUCCCCUGGGCCAAGCUCCCCAUUUACUGCUUUGUGCAGCUACUGUCUGCUUUCUGUGCGUCCGGAGCCACCUAUGCUCUCUACUAUGAUGCCCUACAGAACUAUACAGGUGGGAACCUGACAGUGACUGGCCCCAAGGAGACAGCUUCCAUUUUUGCCACCUACCCUGCUGCCUAUCUCUCCCUGAAUGGAGGCUUCCUGGACCAGGUUCUGGGCACCUGGAUGCUGAUUGUGGGGAUCCUGGCCAUCCUGGACACACGGAACAAGGGAGUACCUGCAGGUCUGGAGCCCGUGGCAGUGGGGCUGCUGAUCUUGACCAUCGGGCUAUCCAUGGGUGCCAACUGUGGGUACCCACUCAACCCUGCCCGGGACCUGGGCCCACGGCUUUUCACCUACGUGGCCGGCUGGGGCCCUGAAGUCUUCAGUGCUGGUAAUGGCUGGUGGUGGGUGCCUGUGGUGGCCCCUCUGGUGGGGGCCACCCUUGGCACAGCCACAUACCAACUGCUGGUGGCUCUGCACCACCCUGAGGACCCAGAGCCAGCUCAGGAUCUAGAGUUGGCCCAAUAUAAAGCCUCGGACUUUAAAACGCCUGCCCCAGCCCAGACCCCAGCGUAUAAGCCAUGCUUCUGACACCGCAGUCCUCACCUCCCUCAUGGACACUGAAGAAGGCCAGAGACCCAGGCUUGGGGACAAGACAUUCUUUCUCUUUAUUAAGACACCAGGCCCUGCGCAGCUUCUCUGUUUACUCAUCUAGGCAUCGCUUCCUCCUCAACGGGACGGUGCCU